CAACGGCUCUAAAAGUUAUAACGCCAUUUUAUAAAUCCGGCUCCCGUGCUACAUUUAAGUAGGCAAAUCCAUCGCAGCGCUUCCGCCUCGCCCUGCCCUUUUGCUUCUUCCGAUCUUCGUAGGAGUUUAGUGAUUUGUUUAUAAGCAAUGGCUGCAACUUUCUAUAAUCUCAACUUGGAGUCUGGCCUCAAAAAGCUUGAUGAUUACCUUCUUGCUCGUAGUUAUAUAACGGGUUACCAAGCUUCCAAGGAUGACCUUGCUGUUUAUGCUGCACUUUCUGUGGCUCCGUCAUUGGAGUAUGUUAAUGUAGCUAGGUGGUAUAACCACAUUGAUGCUCUUCUGAAGAUGUGUGGUGUCACUGAGGAAGGUGCUGGUGUGAACAUUGGAUCAUCUGCUUCUGCGGCCGAGGAGGCCCCAUCCUCUCCUCCUGUUUCUGACCAAAAGGCCCCUGCUGCUGCUGAUGACGAUGAUGAUGUGGAUCUAUUUGGUGAAGAGACAGAAGAAGAAAAGAAGGCUGCUGAAGAACGUGCAGCAGCUGUUAAAGCAUCUGGAAAAAAGAAAGAGUCUGGAAAGUCUUCAGUACUACUAGAUGUAAAGCCGUGGGAUGAUGAAACAGACAUGCAAAAGCUUGAAGAAACUGUAAGGAGCCUCCAGAUGGAGGGUUUGUUCUGGGGAGCCUCAAAACUUGUUCCAGUUGGGUAUGGCAUCAAAAAGUUGCAAAUUAUGAUGACCAUUGUAGAUGACUUGGUUUCUGUUGAUAACCUUAUUGAAGAUCAUUUCUUGGUUGAACCAGCAAAUGAGUACAUUCAGAGCUGUGACAUUGUGGCAUUUAACAAAAUCUAGGACAAUUUUGUGGCUGGGAAAUGACUGCAAACCGGAUGUUCAUCAUCAUGUUUGGUAUAUUUUAGUGUGUUUUAGUCAUUCAGAGAGCUCUUCGAACUUGUUCCCUGGAGAGAACCUGCUUUAUAUGAUAUAUUUUUAAUUUGAGCUUGAAAUUAUCUGGUGAUAUUGCAUGGCAUUUUUCAUGUGAUUGCGUUGCUUGUGACAUUUGGGUAUGUUGGGAUCUAAUAUUUAUUCUAGAACGAGUCUAUCAAAAUUUGCAUA